AAAUAAUAUCAUAUCCCCUCAAAAACUCAAAAAUUUGAGACUUAACAAUCAUUAUUUUAUUUAUUUGCAGUUUAAUUUAAAAAACAAGUGAUUUGUGAUUUAAAUCAAAAUAUCAGAAUACCAGCACUUCUAUUUGAAAUGGAGCAUUACAAAACAAAGCUACUAAACAAAAGUGAGGAAAUGAGGGACCGAAUCAAGGAAGAAAUCAAAGAUUGUGGAGAUCAGGUGAAAGAAAAACUUAAAGAUGUGUCAGAUAUGGGUUCAGAAGUUUUAAGAAACUUCCUUAGCGUAGAAGCACCACCUAAUAAGGUAACUGAAGUAAAAUCCGAUGGGUUUUCAUCAAGAAAAAUACUUUAUCGAGAAGAUGCCCUUGUUGUUUAUUUACCCCCUGAAAUUGAAGGAAAAAAGGAUAAAAGUGUUUAUGAAAUAGUUUUGCAUAGACCUACUACUGAGACAAUACACCAAACAUACAGUUUGUUUAGGGCCGAUACUCAAGACCAGGCUGAAGUAAAGUUUUGUACUUUUAAGGAUAAGUUGCCAAUUUUAGUGGAAAUAUCCAAGGAUAUGUGUAACUUACCAGGGCUGCAAAAAAUAUCAGACAUUCUUGCCGAACAUCCUACGUGGACGAUCGCGCAUUUGGCUGCCAAUUUCGCUCUCUAUGAGUCUUUUAACAACCCAAAAGUCAGUAGUUUCUUAAAUAGUUCGGAUGCUGAAACUGGAAUGUCGCCACUGCAAGUGGCCAUCACAACCCACAAUCUUAAAACUGUACAGAUACUGGUGAACCUAAACUGUUCCUUGGAACAUCUGGAUAAUGAAGCGAAUUCCGUUUUUCACUAUGCAGCUAGCACCACCAAGGAAAUUAUUUUGGUUUUGACGCAAGGUUCUCCGCCAAGAUGUUUAAAUGCCAGAAAUAAAAACGGUUAUACCCCUUUGCAUAUGGCAUGUUUGGCUGAUAAGCCUGACUGUGUUAGAGCUUUGUUAUUGGCAGGAGCUGAUGUUAAUAAAACUGCUGUUAACUCUGAAAAUGACAACAUUGAACCAGGAUAUGUUGGUAAUUUCCUCCAAGAUCACCCAUCGAGCGUCCUCUAUCAAAAAGACAUGAAAUUCGGCGGCACGCCUUUGCAUUGGUCGUCGUCAAGACCUGUUAUAGAGGCUCUAGUCGACAUGAAUUGCCACAUAGACUCGACGAAUUUCGAACAGAAAACUCCGUUGCACAUGAUGGUGCUGCGAAAUCGCCUCGACUGCGCAGUCGCGUUGCUGAGCAGGCAGGCGAACCCUGAUCUGGGCGACUGCGACGGCAAUCGUCCGAUACAUUUGGCCGUUAAAGAAGGAAACUUGCGGAUCAUUCAGUGCCUAAUAGUUUUCGGGGCCAACUUCGACUUGGUUAAUAAUGCAGGCGAGACUGCAAGGCAUCUGCUAACAAAAGACCAAGAUCAAAAAUUUCUGUACUAUUUGCACGCGGUGGGUGCCAAACGUUGUAACCCCGACAUGGUAAACUGUACGCAGGGUUGCAAACAUGACGGCACUUUUGAUGGGAUUCCCCCGCCAGAAGUGAUGGGACCAACCAAUAGGGAGGUUUUAAAUCAAAUGUUGGCUGUUGCUGGUAUGGAUGUGGCAUCUUCUAAGGUAGGAAACGGUAAAUUCCCGAAACACGGUAGACUUUUGUGUCUAGAUGGUGGUGGUAUUAGGGGAUUAGUGUUGGUUCAGACUCUACUUGAAUUGGAAAAUGCCUUUGGAAAGCCAAUUGGGCAAUGUUUCGAUUGGAUUGCUGGAACUAGCACAGGAGGUAUAUUGGGUCUUGCCAUAGCUUCCGGCAAAACAAUGCAAGAAUGCCUGUGUCUCUACUUCCGGCUGAAGGAGAUGACGUUCGUCGGCAUUCGGCCGUAUUCGAGCGAAGCUUUGGAGAACAUCCUGAAAGACACGUUCGGAACGGAGACCGUUAUGUCGGACAUAAGGCAUCCGAAACUGAUGAUAACGGGCGUGUUGGCCGACAGAAAACCCGUGGAACUCCAUUUGUUCAGGAACUACGACAGCCCGAGCGAGAUUUUGGGCGUGAAGCACGACUCGCCGUUCGAGGCGCCUCGACCUCCCAGAACCCAGUACAUGUGGGAGGUUGGGAGGGCCACCGGAGCUGCACCAACAUACUUUAGAGCUUUUGGAAGAUACCUAGAUGGUGGCCUAAUAGCCAAUAACCCGACGUUGGACGCAUUAACUGAAAUUCAGGAGCAUUGUUUAGCAUUAAAAGCUGUUGGUAAAGACGAUGAAGCAUGUCCAGUUUCUGUGGUGGUCAGUUUGGGUACUGGACAGAUCCCCACCACAAUUAUAAAGGAAAUAGACGUGUUCCGACCUGAAAGUAUUUGGGACAGCGCCAAACUGGUCAUCGGAAUCUCAUCUUUGGGAAAUCUUAUUGUUGAUCAAGCUACACAAUCUGAUGGAAGAGUGAUUGACAGAGCCAGAGGAUGGUGUUCUAUGAUUGGAGUGCCAUAUUUCAGAUUUUCUCCAUUAAUGUCUGAGGAAGUAGCAAUGGAUGAAAAAUCUGAUGAAAAAUUGUGUAAAAUGUUAUGGGAAACUAAAGCAUACAUGCGCCAAAAUGCUAGCCUGAUGAGGGAAUUGGCUGAUAUACUUCAUAGGGGAUAAAUGUGUUUUAUUAAUUUUAUGUGUAGGUACUUUUUAAAAUACUUUUAUAGGUAUUAAUUUAGCCAUUUCUUUGUACAAGUUAGCUUAAACUAUUAAUUUUCACCUUUAAAAAUGUAUGUGAUCAAUAUCUAAUAUUUAUACCUAACUGUAAAUCUAGAAAUAUUUAAUUUAUUAUGUGAUAUAAUGGCUUUGUCUGUUUACCUUGAAUUUAAUUUUUUACAAUUGCAAAACUGUUCAAGAACGGCAUGACAAUAAUUUCCUAGUCAUGAAAGUAGUCAUACUUAGGUAGGUUAACUUAUUUUGUUUAUCUAAAUGUAUAUUUCUAUGUUAUGC